AUGGCUGACAGGUACAGGGAGGGCGCAGGCCAAGAGAGAAGCCGGUAUGCACCUGUCACUGGCAUGUGCCACCCCCUGAGAAGCUGUGCCCUUAACCAUGAGGACGGCUUCUCUUCCGCCUUCGUGGUGGCCCACGAGACUGGGUAUGCACCUGUCACUGGCAUGUGCCACCCCCUGAGAAGCUGUGCCCUUAACCAUGAGGACGGCUUCUCUUCCGCCUUCGUGGUGGCCCACGAGACUGGUCAUGUGCUCGGCAUGGAGCAUGACGGUCAGGGCAACGGCUGUGCGGAUGAGACCAGCCUGGGCAGCGUCAUGGCACCCCUGGUGCAGGCUGCCUUCCACCGCUUCCACUGGUCCCGCUGCAGCAAGCUGGAGCUCAGCCGCUACCUUCCCUCCUACGACUGCCUCCUUGAUGACCCCUUUGCGCCCGCCUGGCCCCAGCCCCCUGAGCUGCCUGGCACUGACUAUUCAAUGGACGAGCAGUGCCGCUUUGACUUCGGCACCGGGUACCACACCUGCUCCGCGUUCACGACCUUUGAGCCCUGUAAGCAGCUGUGGUGCAGCCACCCUGACAACCCGUACUUCUGCAAGACCAAGAAGGGGCCCCCGCUGGAUGGGACCGAGUGUGCACCAGGCAAGUGGUGCUUCAAAGGUCACUGCAUCUGGAAGUCGCCCGAGCAGACUUACGGCCAGGAUGGCGGCUGGAGCUCCUGGAGCAACUUCGGGUCAUGUUCGCGGUCAUGUGGGGGCGGAGUGCGAUCCCGGAGCCGGAACUGUGACAAUCCCUUCCCAGCCUACGGAGGCCGCCUGUGCUCAGGGCCCAUGUUCCAGUACCAGGUCUGCAACAGCGAGGAGUGCCCGGGGCCCUACGAGGACUUCCGGGCCCAGCAGUGUGCCAAGCGCAACUCCUACUACCUCCAUCAGAAUGCCAAGCACAGCUGGGUCCCCCACGAGCCUGACGACGACACCCAGAAGUGCGAGCUGAUCUGCCGGUCAGAGGACACAGGGGAUGUGGUCUUCAUGAACCAGGUGGUCCACGAUGGGACACGCUGCAGCUACCGGGACCCCUACAGUGUCUGUGCCCGUGGAGAGUGUGUGCCCGUCGGCUGUGACAAAGAAGUGGGGUCCAUGAAGGCAGACGACAAGUGCGGGGUCUGUGGCGGCGACAACUCCCACUGCCGGACUGUGAAGGGGACGCUGGGCAAGGCCUCCAAGCCGUCAGGAGCUCUCAAGCUGGUACAGAUCCCAGCAGGUGCCAGGCACAUCCAGAUCGAGAAGCUGGAAAAGGCCCCCCACCACAUCGGGUGA